AUGCGAGGAAAAAUGCCGGGUAAACUAUUACUUCUGUUCCUCGUUGAGACGUCAGCAACUCGCUGCGACGAGGCAACGACGGCGCAAGUUGCCGAGGGCAACUUCGGACAGUCCGGAGUGUUCAACUGGCUCGGGAUGCUCAAAGUAGUCUCAUAUGAAAACAAGAAGUGGAUUACAGCACUGACUGGGAUCGUCCUCGUGAAACCUAAGCACGUGUUGGCGAACGCUGACGACAUCGUGAAGAUACCUCAACAUGUGUUUGAGAGAGACACCAAAGCAAUGUUCGUGCCUGCGAAGGGCGCCGAGUGGACGGUCCAGCCUAAAUCCUACUCCACGCACCCGGAGUACGAGUACUCCACCGUCAACACCAUCGCCAUAGUCGAGCUGGACGUUGAAGAUGUGAACGACUUUCCGUUGAAUCCAAUAUGUCUGCCGAGCUCCUCGUUCAACACUUCCAAAUACCUGUACCUCACUGGCUUUACAGAUGAGCACCAGGUGUUACAGAAAGUCAUUUACAAGAUACAAUAUCUGGAGCAGAAUGUUUGCGAUGAGUUCUACAACAGAGCUGGUAUCGGUUUCGGUGUCCGCGGGCCUGGCUGCGCGGCCCCAGCUCGCUUCAUCGAUCUGUUCCCCUACUUGCCCUGGAUUACUUCCACCACCACUGAGUUGGUGGAGAUGUACGACACACCAGACUUCAGGCGCACCGUGGAGGAAUAA